CACAUGGAGUCUUGUGUUCCACCAGGUUUUAGGUUUCACCCGACAGAAGAAGAACUUGUGGGUUACUACCUGAAAAGAAAGAUCAACUCACUACAAAUUGAUCUAGACGUCAUUAUUGACAUUGACCUGUACAAAAUUGAACCAUGGGACAUACAAGCAAGAUGCAAGCUAGGUUACAGUGAACAGAAUGAGUGGUACUUCUUCAGUCACAAAGACAAGAAGUACCCGACUGGAACUCGGACAAAUAGAGCCACGGCUGCCGGAUUCUGGAAGGCAACAGGAAGGGACAAGGCAGUGCUUUCAAAGAACAACAUUAUAGGAAUGAGGAAAACCCUUGUGUUCUACAAGGGACGAGCACCUAAUGGGAACAAAACUGACUGGAUCAUGCAUGAAUAUCGCCUCCAAACAUCUGAACAUGCACCCCCUCAGGAAGAAGGAUGGGUUGUAUGCCGGGCAUUCAAGAAGCCAAGCCCUAGCCACAGGCAAGGUUUUGAAGCAUUGAAGCAUGCUUACUAUAUCAGAGAACAUAACAGCCAUGCUUCAUCCUCAAAUUUUGGGAGUGAGAUGCAUAUGGUGAACCCGAGCCUAGGUUUUCAAUAUCAAUCCUUUGGUUUGGAUCAGCAAGAUCAUCUCAUUUCAAACCAUAUUUUCAUGGGCAACCAACUCACAGAACUUCCUCAACUAGAGAGCCCAAGCAUUUCAACAAGCUUGGCCAACAAACAAGGUGUGCAUGAGCAGCAAAACAAUAAUAUAACCACUGAACACUAUGACGACCAAAGGAGCAACAUGAAUAGCAGUGAUCAGCACAUGGACUGGAGAAAUUUGGACAGCUUACUUGAAGUGCCAUUGAUACCCCAAAAUUAUGAGCAAGAAGCUCAAAACCACCAUCUUCUUGGAUGCUUUCCUGACUUGUAACGAGAAGAUCCAUGGUCUCAUCAGCAAAUUCUUGAUAAGUUGAUGGAUCAAUCUAUUUUCUUUUUUCUUUUUUCUUUAAAAAAAAAAAAAAGAGAAAAGAAAUACAUGUAUGUAUUUAUGUAAGCUGAUGAAUUCAUCCUCCUAAUAAUCCAACCCAUGUCUAGUCUCUAGACAAGGUUAAAGCUGUACGUCGAAUUGCUUGGGCCUCAGUUUUACUAUGGGGCAAAUAUGGCUGGAGGUGGAUUAAUGGGCAUUGAAUAUGAGCCCAGCCACCGCUACUUCUCAUCUGCCCCCUUAAAUACCCUUUUCGGCUGC